UUGACCUUGACCUAAUAAUUGGAUAAUCAAAUAGCACAUAUGACUAUUUAUUUAUUUAAUAGUUAUCCAUUAAUGAGUGGAAGCACCUUGGGGCAUUCCCCUCAGAGCCAAUCAGGCUUUGACACUAUGCAAAUGCAUUUGUUUAUACGUUGGCUAACGUGAACUCCUUAUCUCUGAGAGUUAAAAUGAGGGAACUGGAAACACUAAACAUUACUGCCACGUGUUUUCAUGUGGGCAUCCUAUGGUAUACUAAGAAUGGCGGGUCAAUCAUGUGCAAGGCUAGGCCAUGGGGCAUGGGCACUGAUGAAUCAGGGUUUUUAUGUGUAUGAAUGGGAUCAAGACCUUGGCAGGGUGGCAAAAGCACCAAAUGCCUGCUCAUUAGAAUGACAAAAGAUUGAAUCUCAUGACCUUGGGUUGAGGUUUAUAAAAGAGCCGUGUGUCUCUGUGUCAGCUGUCUGCGCAUAAUGAGCUUUGCGCUGUUUAGUGACUUUGAUUCUGUAUUUAGGCUUUUGGAGGUGUUAAGAAAAAAAAAUGACGUAAGAGAUGUGUGUAAUAUUGCACUGUGAUCCUCAACAUUAUUUCUGAACACUCGUUAUUGCUGAAUCCUUUUUCUUCAUACGAAUUUUCUACAAACCCCCUUAAAUUCUUGUCACAUCAUCAGUAGAAAACACCUCAUGUCUGCACCACUUUAAUCUAACCCUCACUCAUUAAUUAGCAUUAUUAAGCUCUCGGAACAUUUGCCUCCUACUGUAUUAUAUUCAUUUAUCAAAUGAAACAGUCAAAACUAGUCGAUCUAACAGAAGAAGGGCAUAUUCAUUCAAGUUUUGAUUUGGUUUCAGUCCACGAUUAACCAGACAGAUAUGCAAAUAUACAGUUAUGAAUGUGUAGCAUUCUUACAGUGUUUUAUGAGAACUAGUUUUGGACUUUGAACUAAGCUUAUAUGUGCCACGUAAAACAUCAGCUGACAGAUCGACAAAUAGAGGCCAUAUGUUUUCAAAAUUGAAAUGGCUCUUAAUUGUGUCAUCUGAGGCCAACGGGAAUGUAAUUAGCUUUGAAAGGAUUCGGUCAUAAACCCAAAAGGACAGACUGAAAGUCUGACCUGAAAAGGAAAUAUGAACGCUUUUGAUACUGAUGAGACAUUUCAGUCUCAAGUGGUUGACCUGCACACACAGCUUUAAUAAAAAAAAAAACACCAUGACAAGGUGGAUUUCUUUGUCAUGUAACCAAGAUCAGACACAUUGUAUCAGUUAUUACUGAAAAAAAUGUGUCAAGAAACACAACCAGUUUAUAUUAAUGUAACUGCUUUGGGCUCUCUGGCCACCAGGGGUCGCCAAAUGAGGAUUAUAAAGAACGUCUCUUGAUUCAUUCUUUUAAAUCAAUUUCAUAAUUUUGUGGGGGCGCUUUAUUUGAAAGAAUUGCAUAUGAUAAUAUCAUGCAGCACAGUUUUCAGGGAUGGUUAAUAUACUCAAAUGGUGGGAUGGUGACUGAAAAGGACGUAAAACGUCCCUGUUGUUUUGCUAAUAAUGCGAGCAGUGACCCCUGGGUCACAGAAGCACUGCAGUGUUUUGAUCAAUAGUGAUGAACAUGUAAAAACUGGACAACAAUAACUCAUCACAUCGGUGCGUCGCUAUACAUAAACAGAUUUGUGUUUAUAAAACCUAUUUGGAUGACAAUGCUUUAUGCUGUGCCAUCACACAGCUACUUAAUAUAAAAGGACUGCGGCACAGACAGUGUGUAUGGACUCGCAGUCUGGCCCCCGACUAAUAUAACAAUGGGAAAGAUCAUAUUCUACGAGGACAGAAAUUUCCAAGGUCGGCACCAUGAGUGCAUGAGCGACUGUGCUGACCUUCACCCCUACUUCAACCGGUGCAACUCCAUCCGAGUGGAGAGCGGCUGCUUCAUGGUGUAUGAGAGACCCCACUACCUGGGCCACCAGUACUUCCUCCGCAGGGGGGAGUACUCUGACAACCAGCGUAUGAUUGGCAUAAAUGACUGCAUCCGCUCCUGCCGCAUGAUUCCGAUGCACCGUGGCUCUUACAAAAUAAGACUGUAUGAACGUCCAGACAUGAGCGGCCAAAUGCUGGAGGUGAGCGAUGACUGCCCCAACGUCCAGGACCGUCUCCGUAUGUCUGACAUUAACUCGUGCAAUGUGGUUGACGGCCACUGGCUGCUGUACGACCAGCCCAACUACAGGGGGAGGCCCUACUACCUGAGACCUGGCGAGUACCGCAGGUACAGCGACUGGGGCGGCGCUAGUCCGAGGAUCGGCUCGCUCAGGCGAAUCACUGACUUCAACUAGAAGUUUUCCCCCACCUUCUAUUGUUUCUCUGUUCCCAAUAAACAUGCUGGCUAACACUGUG